CCUGCCCAGCCAUCAUCGCCCAUCUUAAUAUAACUACCAACGUGGUGGGCUAGAAGUGUUUCUUCUUUACUUAGUCUCGUAGGCAGUGUUGAAAUAUAUCAGUUUUGUGGGAAAAAAAAAAUUACCCUUAGAAUUGUACUCUUGGAUACACCAUUGUCUAGCUCGUAGGUAGAGGUGGUAACCUUGAAUGUUGGCGGUGUCCAUAUAAAUUAUCGUAGGUUUGUACUGAUCGAAAUCAUCUUUCAAUUAGCUAGGAAUCAGUGGUAGAAAUUUGGAGUGUUGUGAGCGGUAGAAAAACUCUUCGUACGUCGUUUACGUGUUCAAUCCAUACUCUAUAUUCGUAAAUCUUUCGAUCAAUUGUCGGACAUAAUGUCGAACGUGAUUAGAUCACCAGAGCACAGCAGCAGAGCUACCGGACUCACUUUCAUAGGUUUUUUACUCUUCGCUAGCAUCACAGUGGCACCUGCUCAAGUGCGAGCUUUGGAGUAUAGUGGACCUAAUGGACCACAAUCAUGGGGAGGUCUUUGUAACAUCGGCAGGAGCCAAACUCCGAUAGAUAUCGUAAGCUCUGAGGCAGUAGUCGACCGGAGCCUGUCUGUACUGAAGGUGGAUUACAGUUCUAGAACACGGGCAACAAUUACCAACUCUGCUGUAAACCUUGAACUGGAGGUGGACGGUGAGAUGCCUUUCGGAAAGCUGUAUCUUGAUGACACUUACAAUCUGAUCGGGUUUCACUUUCAUGCUCCAAGCGAGCAUGAAAUCAAUGGCCAGAGUUAUGACUUGGAAUUACAUCUUGUGCAUCAAAUCGACUCGUCUAAUUCUACUGACCUAGCUGUCAUCGGUCUCCUUUACAAUCAAGGCCAUGACGACUCAUCCACUGAUCUUUUUCUUCAACAGGUCUUUGAUGCACUGCCAAGUGUACUUGUCCCGAAUACUACCAGAUACAUGGACACAAAUUUGGACUUCUGUCCACUGUAUCCAAUGCUGGCUGGAUCAUAUGCUCGUUAUGCAGGAUCUUUGACGACGCCACCUUGUUCAGAGAAUGUUAUAUGGACAGUCAUGCUAAACGAGAAUCUGCGGGUGUCACCGAGGCAGUUCGAGGCAUACAAGAGUGUUUUUGAGGCACCAAACAGUAGGCCACUUCAAAAUUUAUCGGGAAGAACCGUGACAUUUUUCUAAAAGUCAAGGGCGCAGGACAAUAACUGACAUGAGGCGUUUCACUCGACUUCAACUUUCUCCCAAAAUCCUUCAAAAUCUACAUAAGAGUAAACUUUCAGUGGAGACAACUGGAAAUGAAGCAUUUUGCAUUAGGCUAUUUAUUUAUUGACUUACUUAUGUAAUAUAGAUAUUAGAUAGAAAGGUCGACAUCAACUGAAUCAAACUCAUCCAAGAAACAGACUUAGUUCGGCAGCAUUCAUCUGGUUGAAAUUUCAUUGAUUCUAGAGUUUCUUACUAGAGGAGAAAGCUCCAGUAUGACAUUGCAUCAUGAAAUAUGGCACUCUUUCAGUAGCAUACAAUUUAUAGGAAAGAAAACACUACAAAUGCAAAAGCCCUUUCAUAGAUUAAUUAAUCACAGUAUCAUGGUAGUGGGCAUUGUUCUGCCCACGUGGAUCAUUCUUUCCAUGAAUUUGCAGUGUGCUUGUCACAGGAGACCACUGCAUCUGUAUCGUAGAAGAAUCCGACGUCCAAAUCCUUUUGAAAUACAUACAGCAGAUACUGAAGAUUCUCCCUCAAAGUGUAUAUACUGCAUUGAGAUCCUGAUCACGAUCACUGCUCCCUCAGUGGCAUCGUAGGCAAACAAUCGGUCUGAAUGUCCAUCUUGAAGACUUCGUGCAAUUGCAAGUCGGUGCUCCUCAUUUGGUCAAAUCCAGUCGAAGCCUUUAACUCCAAGGCUGAAGGAUAAUUACGUUCAAUACUCUUGAUGAAUACCGAAACUUGUCUGUAUGUUACCUUCAGCGAUUUCAGUCCAGCUAUUGACGCCUGAUGGACUCAUAUUUUUC